AUGGGCGAACAGGGUGGUUUAAGGACGGGGUGGCUUGCUGCGUUUGGGACGGAGGGAUAUGAGGGAGAGCCGCCGUUGUUGGAGGAGUUGGGGGUCAAUUUUGACCAUAUCAGAAUGAAGACGCUUACCGUUUUGAAUCCCUUUGCCCGCAUUGACCAGCACCUAAUGGACGACAGCGAUCUCUACGGCGCCCUCCUUUACAUCCUGCUCUACGGCACAUUCCUUUUGCUGUCCGGAAAAGUAUUUUAUGGCUAUAUUUACGGUGUAGCCGUUUUUGGCACCGUCGCUUUGCACGUCAUUCUCAGCCUCAUGUCUCCCACACUCGAUCACAUAUCCUCAAAUCCAGCCGACAUCUCAGGCGCCGAUCCCAGCGCGUACCAUCCGCACCACAAGACAAAUACCAAUGCGGGACACUUCUCAUCCACGUUAACAUUCCCCCGUUCCGCUAGCGUAUUGGGAUACUGCUUCCUCCCGCUGGUCCUCACGAGCUUAGUGGGCAUUCUCAUUCCGAUGGACACCAUGUUUGGGUACCUCCUGACCUCUGCCGCUGUGGGGUGGUGCACCUACAGUAGCUCCGGGAUGUUUUGCGCCGUGGCAAGGAUGAGGGGAAUGAGAGCUCUAGUAGCGUAUCCGCUGGCCCUUUUCUAUGUGGUGUUUGGAAUUAUGGGCAUUUUCUCGUCGAGGGGAAGUGGUACUUUGGCAGCGAAAACCGCGGGCACCUGA